AUGGCUUCCUCUGUAAUCUCUUCCUCUCCUUUCGUCUGCAAAUCCUCCUCCAAGAAGGAUUUGGGUUUUUCUUCGUUUCCGAAAUCGUCUCAGAUUUCGAUUCAUAGAUGUCAGAAGAAAUCGAUUUCACGGAAGAUCGUUUCCGUUAUGGCUCCCCAAACGGAACGUUCUCCGGGCACAACAGGAUCGGUGAAAACUGGGAUGACGAUGACGGAGAAGAUUCUAGCUAGAGCAGCUGAGAAAUCACUAGUAGUACCUGGUGAUAACAUUUGGGUUAAUGUUGAUGUUCUUAUGACGCAUGAUGUUUGUGGUCCUGGUGCUUUUGGUAUCUUCAAGAGAGAGUUUGGUGAAAAGGCUAAGGUUUGGGACCCGGAGAAGAUUGUUGUUAUACCAGAUCAUUACAUAUUCACAGCUGAUAAGCGUGCUAAUCGUAACGUGGAUAUCAUGAGGGAACAUUGUAGAGAACAGAACAUUAAGUAUUUCUAUGAUAUCACUGACCUUGGGGAUUUCCGGGCUAAUCCUGAUUACAAAGGUGUUUGCCAUGUUGCACUUGCACAAGAAGGUCAUUGCAGGCCAGGAGAGGUUUUGUUAGGAACAGACUCGCACACAUGUACUGCUGGAGCAUUUGGUCAAUUUGCUACAGGGAUUGGAAACACUGAUGCAGGCUUUGUGUUAGGCACUGGAAAAGUCCUCCUUAAGGUGCCACCAACUAUGAGGUUUAUCUUGGAUGGUGAAAUGCCCAGUUAUUUGCAAGCAAAGGAUCUGAUUUUGCAUAUCAUUGGUGAAAUAUCUGUUGCUGGUGCAACGUACAAGACGAUGGAGUUCAGUGGUACAACUGUUGAAAGUUUGACUAUGGAAGAAAGGAUGACAUUGUGCAACAUGGUUAUAGAAGCUGGGGGAAAGAAUGGUGUCAUCCCUCCUGAUGCGACGACAUUAGAUUAUGUUGAGAAUAGGACAUCUGUACCCUUUGAGCCAGUAUACAGUGAUGGAAAUGCAAGCUUUGCCGCAGAAUAUAGAUUUGAUGUGUCAAAGCUGGAGCCUGUGGUGGCUAAGCCUCAUUCGCCUGACAACCGGGCUCUAGCAAGAGAAUGCAAAGAUGUGAAAAUUGACAGAGUAUAUAUCGGUUCAUGUACUGGUGGAAAGACAGAAGAUUUUAUGGCUGCAGCUAAACUUUUCUAUGCAUCUGGAAAGAAGGUGAAAGUCCCAACUUUCCUUGUCCCGGCUACUCAGAAGGUGUGGAUGGACGUGUAUGCCCUCCCGGUACCUGGAUCAGGUGGUAAGACAUGUGCACAGAUAUUUGAAGAAGCUGGCUGUGACACACCAGCCAGUCCUAGCUGUGGCGCUUGCCUUGGUGGCCCAUCAGACACCUACGCUCGUUUGAAUGAACCUCAAGUUUGUGUCUCAACAACGAACAGGAACUUCCCUGGUCGGAUGGGACACAAAGAAGGGCAGAUUUACUUAGCUUCUCCUUACACCGCUGCAGCAUCGGCUCUAACCGGCUAUGUCACUGACCCGAGGGAGUUCUUGCAGUAG